AUGCGCAACUUAUAUGCUUUAACCUUACUGCUUAUAGCAGUUUCUGCAAGCAGCACACUUGGUGCCAACUUGGAUAGUCGGCAAUAUGUUCCUCUAUCAGUUUUAGCUAGGGAUGCGGGAACUCCUUGCCUGACAACAACUCCGCCAUGUGUUACCACUCGCCCGCCGUGCUCCGGAAAUGCUCAGCCUACAACUACCCCUUCUGUUACCACAAAGCCGCCAUGCACCGAAGAGGAGGAUAUAACAACAACAACACCUUGCAGCACAACAACAACAACGACGACCACAACUACAACGACAACUACCAAAACAACAACGACUACAACAACGACAACAACCACAACUACGACAACAACGACAACAACGACAACAAAGACAACAACUACAACGACAACAACCACAACUACGAAACCAACGACUACAACUACAACGACUUGUAGCACAACGACAAAAACCACAACUACGACAACAACGACAACAACUACAACGACAACAACUACAACGACAACAACUACAACGACAACAACUACAACGACAACAACCACAACUACGAAAACAACGACAACAACCACAACUACGACAACAACCACAACUACGAAGCCAACGACUACAACUACAACGACUUGUAGCACAACGACAACAACCACAACAACGACAACAACUACAACGACAACAACCACAACUACGAAAACAACGACAACAACUACAACGACAACAACCACAACUACGAAGCCAACGACUACAACUACAACGACUUGUAGCACAACGACAACAACCACAACUACAACAACUACAACGACAACAACCACAACUACGACAACAACGACAACAACGACAACAACUACAACGACAACAACGACAACAACUACAACGACAACAACCACAACUACGAAACCAACGACUACAACUACAACGACUUGUAGCACAACGACAACAACCACAACUACAACAACUACAACGACAACAACCACAACUACGACAACAACGACAACUACGACAACAACGACAACAACGACAACAACGACAACAACGACAACAACUACAACGACAACAACUACAACGACAACAACCACAACUACGAAACCAACGACUACAACUACAACGACUUGUAGCACAACGACAACAACCACAACUACAACAACUACAACGACAACAACCACAACUACGACAACAACGACAACAACGACAACAACGACAACAACCACAACUACGAAAACAACGACUACAACUACAACGACUUGUAGCACAACGACAACAACCACAACUACGACAACAACGACAACAACGAAAACAACUACAACGACAACAACCACAACUACAACGACAACAACCACAACUACGAAACCAACGACUACAACUACAACGACUUGUAGCACAACGACAACAACCACAACUACAACAACUACAACGACAACAACCACAACUACGACAACAACGACAACAACUACAACAACGACAACUACAACGACAACAACCACAACCAAGACUACAACUACAACGACUUGUAGCACAACGACAUCGACCACAACCACGACAACAACGACAACAACUACAACAACGACAACUACAACGACAACAACCACAACCAAGACUACAACUACAACGACUUGUAGCACAACGACAUCGACCACAACUACGACAACAACUACAACGACAACAACCACAACCACGACAACAACCACAACUAAGACAACAACGACUACAACUACAACGACUUGUAGCACAACGACAUCGACCACAACUACGACAACAACCACAACUACGAAAACAACGACUACAACUACAACGACUUGUAGCACAACGACAUCAACCACAACUACGACCACUACCACAACUUCGACAACAACGACUACAACUACAACGACUUGCAGCACUACGACAACAACCACAACUACGACAACAACUACUACAACUUGUAGCACAACGACAUCAACCACAACUGCGACUACUACGACAAAAACGACAACAACUACAACUACAACAACCACAACUACAACUACAACGACUUGCAGCACAACUACAUCAACUACAACCACGACAACAACGACUAAAACUACAACGACAACAACUACAACUACAACAACUUGCAGCACAACGACAACAAAAACAACUACGACAACAACGACUAAAACUACAACGACAACAACCAAAACAACAACUUCAACUACAACGACUUGCAGCACAACGACAACAACAACCGAGUGUAUUACAACAACAACCCCGUGCACAACCACAACAAAGUGUCCAGGAGGAGCAGCAGCGACAAAAGCUAAGCAACCUUUCCGUGCCCGUCCUAGCUUCCGCCCACUCAAAGAAGUUACUCAAUUUAUGACUGGAGUCUCAUCAACGGACGACCAAAUUCAAUUCAUAUGCGUUGGAAAGCCCAACGGCUUUCUACUGGCCUCCCCAACCCGCUGCAACGACUACUAUAUCUGCCGCCACCAACAGGCACUUAAGGUCAGCUGUGGUGACAAGUACUUCAAUGGCCAGAAGGGCACUUGUGAUCUUCCAGAGAAUACAGGAUGUGUUCAGCACUAG